CGUGUGGAGCCGCGUGAAGGGAGGGACCAGCAUUAUGUGAGGAUUAGUGGGCAGUCUCCCUGUUUUUUUCCCCCUGCACUUAAGAAGCGAAUCUUAUGUGGCGCAACUAGUCAACUAGUAAAACCAGCGCGAUCCAGCCCUGCCUAGGACUUAACAGGAAUGUAUGCGAACGUAGGACAACAACGGGCAUAAGGAAAUAAGAUCAGUUUAUACAUUUUAAACAAUAACAAUAUCUUUGUAGAUGUAGAUCAUGUUGGGCAGGAAUAAAAAGACAGACCUUGCGCACAAUGAAGUUACCCCCGAUCUGAAGUCGCAUGAUCCACUAAGAAAGUUAGGGCUGCUGGACGACGAGGAUGUCAGGCUGAUGAUGCAGGGCUCCAGCAUGGUGAAGGUGCGUUCCCCCCGCUGGCAGAAGACCCGCAGCCUGCGACUCCUAGAGGACGGCGUCACCGUCUGGUGCGAGACCUGCAAGAGUUUCAGGCGCACCAGGGCCCAGCAGACGUUUUCAGUGACGGAGGUGGAGUGCGUGCGCGAGGGCUGCCAGUCGGAGGCGCUACGCCGGCUGUCGGGCUCCGUUCCUGAGGCCCAGUGCUUCACGGUGGUGUUCCGCGGGAAGCGGAAGAGCCUGGACCUGCGCUGCCCGACGGAGGAGGAGGCCCAGGGCUGGGUACGAGGAAUCCGAACCAUCAAGGAUAAAGUCUCCAAUAUGAGUCAGAAGGAGAAGCUCGAUCACUGGAUCCGGGGCUACCUGAAGCGGGCCGACCAGAACCAGGACGGGAAGAUGAGCUACGAAGAGGUGAAGCGCCUGUUGCAGAUGAUCAACAUCGAUCUGAACGAGCAAUACGCCCGCACCCUCUUCAAGAAGUGCGACCGCUCUGCCGAUGGCCGAUUGGACCCCACGGAGAUCGAGGAGUUCUGCCGCGAGCUGAUGCGCCGUCCCGAGUUGGACGCCGUGUUCCAUCACUACUCAAGCAACGGCUGCGUGCUGACCACCGCCGAGCUGCGUGACUUCCUGGGCGACCAGGGCGAGGACGCCUCCCUGGCUCACGCCCAGAAGCUCAUCUCCACAUACGAGCUCAACGAGUGGGCCCAGAAGCACCAGUACAUGACCCUGAACGGCUUCGCCAUGUACAUGCUGUCCCAGGAGAAUGACGUGUUCAACGCAGACCACUCAGUGGUGUAUCAGGAUAUGACCCAACCCCUGACUCACUACUUCAUCUCCUCCUCCCACAACACCUACCUCACCAAGGACCAGGUGACCAGCGCCAGCAGCACAGAGCCGUAUAUCAGAGCUUUGAACCAAGGCUGUCGCUGUGUGGAGUUGGACUGCUGGGACGGGGACAAAGGAGAGCCUGUGAUCUACCACGGACACACCCUAACCUCCAAGGUGCUCUUUAAGGAGGUCAUAGAGACCAUCUCUCAGUACGCCUUCAAGGCCUCGCCGUAUCCUCUGAUUCUGUCCCUGGAGAAUCACUGCAGUGUGGAGCAGCAGUCCGUCAUGGCCAGGCACCUACGCGCCAUCCUGGGCCGUCGGCUCCUCACCAAGCCUGUCGGCGAUCAGCAGCUGAAGCACCUGCCCUCCCCAGAGGACCUGAAGGGACGAAUCCUAAUCAAGGGCAAGAAGGAGACCUCUCAGCUUCACAAGGUGGACAGCUUCACCAACACCGUUCCGGGAACCGAGGCUGCAUCCUCCAAGCUGAGUCCGGAGCUGUCGGACCUCGUCGUGUACUGCCGCAGCAUAAACUUCCGCGGCUUUGACCACGUCUCCGCGAAAUCCCCCAGCGAGAUGUCGUCAUUCUCCGAGAACGACGCCCUCAAACACAUUAAAGAGUCAGGGAAACUAUUCGUUCGGCACAACAGCAGGCAGCUGAGCAGAAUCUAUCCCUCUGGCCAGAGACUGCAGUCCUCUAACUACAACCCCCAGGACAUGUGGAAUGCUGGCUGUCAAAUGGUGGCCCUCAACUUCCAGACCCCCGGGGAGCAGAUGGACCUGAACCAGGGCCGCUUCCUGGCUAACGGCCGCUGUGGGUACAUUCUCAAGCCGAGCUUCUUGUGCCGGCUCGAUUCCAAUUUCAAUCCGGAGAACACGGGCGGUGGCCCGGGACACAUCCCUACACAGCUCACCAUUCGGGUGAUCUCAGCUCAGCAGCUCCCCAAAGUCAACACAGACAAGCCAAACGCCAUCGUGGAUCCGCAGGUGUGGGUGGAGAUCCAUGGGGUGGGCAUCGACAAUGCCCGGAACAAAACGCAUCGCAUCGAUAACAAUGGUUUUAAUCCGCGCUGGGACUGCACGCUGAGCUUCCAGCUGCAGGUGCCGGAGCUGGCUCUGGUCCGCUUCGUGGUGGAGGACCACGACCACACUUCCAAGAAUGACUUUGUGGGCCAGUUCGCCCUGCCCUUCACCAGCCUGCGCACAGGUUACCGGCACGUCCACCUGCUGAAGGAGGAUGGAUCCAACCUGUCGCCCGCCACCCUCUUCAUCCACAUCAAGGUGACCCGCAAGGGCACCACCCUCAGAGCUCUGUCUAAGCUCAUAUCAUGACUCCAUCCCCUCCUCCCCUUCACAGUGUUGUGAUGAGCUUUAUGCCACUUGCUGUGUUCCUUUGAGCACCCCAAUGAUGUUGAGUGAUGUCAUCCUGCUGUGAACAGGAAGUCAUCACUAUGCACUACAGCGGCGGACAAAGCUGAUUGGUUGUGUUUGUGUCAAGACCACAUUGACAGUUGACAUGUCAUGUGCCAAUGCAAGGCCUCAUAGGAUAAGUUAUCACUGGCUGAGGAGUCCUUGUGCUUGCAGGCCUAGUGCCUGGUUAAAAAGACUGAACCCUGCGUCUAUGUGUCAUUUUUAACUGUGACUAUAUAUCGAAGCUUCCCCCCCCCACAUUUUCUGUUUCAAUGUGACUCAUCACUCCCUGCCCCUGAAGGACAUGCAUGCUCUACUGGAUCUUCAAACCCACUACAUCCACUUCACCACAGAUUUGCCAGCGACGUGAGGCUUGGCUGCACCACUCACCACCUGCAGGGGCAAAUGUGCGGUUUUAAGGAGCUUCACUCGAGAGCUGUGCAGACAAGCUUAGCCUUCCGCUGGGAAUAUGCUAAUUUAGCUCCGCCCACUGGACCUCAGGAUCGCAGCUGGCAACUAUAGCGUGAACCUUACCUGAUGCCCACAUGUCGGCUAACUGUGCUGCUCCUAAGUCCUGUGUGAUUUUGGUAUUCCUUUACUGAAAUUAGCCUACAGUUAUGUGCCUUAGCAUUAGCAGAUGCUGUCAGGUGCUUUGUUACUAUUCUGAUGGACAUUGCAGACAGCCAAUCACGGACUCGCAUAUUACAACGUAAGCUUGUGGCCUUAGGAGACCUUAAAGUUAGUCAUAGACUUAGGAACUUCAGAGCUCAGUCAAAAAACUGACAGAAUGGCUUGGAGCACAAAAUUGGUGUGUGAUUUCAGCUUGAUAUUGCUGCAAGUUGAGUUUCAAGUAUCAAACCAAGUUCCUGUAACUGCUAAUGGAGUAAACUAAACAAACAUAGCCUAAUCUUUGUUUGGUUCAACAUUUAAAGAUCACUUAAUAUUUAGGAGGUUUUUUUUUAUUUCAUUGUUUUAUAGCUGUUUUAAUUAACGUUUGUGAUAUUUUUCUAUUUAAAUCAGCUGCUUCAGGUGUGAAAUUUUUACCUGCUCUUUCAGCUUCACUGCAUGAAGUUGCUGCUGCUUUAAUGGAACCGGUUUUCUCAAAUGGUGUGACCACAGCACUGUUGUACUGUCUUGGAAAGACCAGACAGUCGGAGUCACCCACACAGAAGAGGACACUGACUCCCCCAUGUGAAGAAGGAAGCAUGAAACCCUCCCAGAGCAGGAAGACUUGUGGUUCGGGACAUGGACUCGUAAUAGGAAGGAUAUUUAUUCAAGUCUCUCAGAUGAGGCUGUUAUAGUGUCAGUGCUCAGAGUACCUACCCAAAAUUGGUCCAGAUAAUUAAACUCCAAUUAAUUAAGUUUCUGUUGCAUAAAAAUGUGCAUUUGUGACAAACAUCUACUUUACAGCUUGUCUUAAAGCAGUGUUUCUCAAGCUGGACCUUGGGGACCCCAGGCAGUCCACGUUUUCGCUCCCUCCCAGCUCUCUGCCACAUAAUCCAUGUUUUUGCUCCUUCCCAGCUCUCUGCCACAUAGUCCAUGUUUUUGCUCCCUCCCAGUUCUCUGCCACAUAGUGCACAUUUUUGCUCCCUCCCUGUCCCCUGCCACAUAGGCCAUGUUUUUGUUCCCUCCCAGCUCCCUACCAGAUAGUCCACAUUUUGCUCCCUACUGAGAGCUGGGAAGGAGCAAAAGCAUGGACUGUCUGGGGGUCCCCGAGGACCGGAUUGGGAAACACUGCCUUACAGAAAGCUGCUGGCCAGUUGGCUGUAGGUCAGCUCGGGCCCUAUAUCUCCGACCCAGAAAAAUUAACACCAGUCCUGCUUCUCUGUGGGACUGACACCCUUUCAGACCAUAGCAGCAUGGAUGUUCAUGGAAGGAGAUGGGUGGACAUAGAGAAAAAAGAACCUGAUUAAAUUACUAUUAAUGAUUCAAUAUAAACAAAAAACGACCUAGUAACUAAAAUACAAGCAAUGUGUAAGUUUAUAAAUAAAUGUGUUUCGUACAUCUCUUUUUAAAAUGCUUCUAAGCAUGUUUCUAUUUCAUAUAUUAAAAAAACACAUUUUUAACUUUGA